UUCAUUUUGAAAUCGCCUGUGCAUUUGCUUUUUCAGUCAGCAACAUUCAUUUUCCGACCCAAUUCAACUUCGCUUUAGUCAAAAUGGAGAGUGCGUUCGCGAGGCUGUACCGCACAUCGAAGCUGGCGAGCUUUGACCCGAAGAUCAAGCAGGUGUACACAACGUUCUCGGAGGCAGCAACACACGGCGACUGGGGCCUGAAGCGCACGAUGCCGUCCAAGGUGCACACGCGUUUGGUGACGAUCGGGUCUCUGGAUACCAAGGAGCAGAUCACACCGUUUGAGAGCGCGAACCAGCAGGUGAUGAUGGUGAACGCGUGGAAGGAGAACUUCCCCGAGUCGCGGUCGCCGCGCUCGGCGCCAGCCAGCAACAGCAUGUUCUCGGCAACGCUGAGCCGCUUCGACGGCGAGCAGGCGGAGGAGGCGGAUGCCAAGAGCUCAGGACCAGUGCGUAACAUCGGCCUGAUGACACGGAAGCAGUGGGAGGAGUUUUUGGACGAGGCGCGGGCGCGGCGCGGCGAGUGGAAGCAGGCAGUGAAGGACGGCAAGGUUGUAGUGGAGGAGGCGCUGUCGUUUAUGAAUGCGACCAACAUGCGGAACACGUCCGAGGACGGCAUCCACAACUCGCCGACCUACCACGACUACGUGCCAGCGAGUGAGGAGCUGCAGGUGCAGGGCCGUGUGCUGAACCGUGCGGCUGGCGGCUAUGCUGUUGCUGUGCAGGGCAUUAUUGCGUACCUGCCGCUGCCAAGUCACUCGGCCGAGGAGGGCUUCCAGUACCGCGAUGUCAAGACGUUCUAUGUCGCGUCGGCCAAGUUUGACAGCCACGGCAAGCCCGAUGUCAUUCUGUCGACACGGCCGCGUGGCACGCGCGAGUCAGCGCUGGUGUUUGAGACCGGAUCGAGGGGUGGAUUCUCGUACUCCAAGGGAAGAAACGCGAAGCCGAGCGAGCUGCAGUCGGCCUACCUUGGAAGGAUCAAGGAGCUGCUCCAUUCCAGCAACAUGGCUGGUGUGACCAAGAAGGGUGGAGCAAAGACGAAGCCCACCGAUCCUGUCGCCGAUGCCAUUGAUCUGCUCAACAAGCCUGACCGCAAGUAAAAACACAUUCAAAACGUCGUUGGAGGCAACAAAUAUAUUAAAAUUCUUUGUCUAGAGUUCCUCGCGAGCAGUGGAUCUGUCGUCGUAAGUCUGGAUGUGCGCGUUGCGCACAAUAUUGGCAACCGGUGGCUCAGUGGUGGCAGAGUCGAUGAUAUGGCGCAGGUUGGGCGUGAACGGUAGAGGCGUGAAGAUGCGUGUGUCGGAUGCGGUCGUGGUCAUUCCGGGCCGGUAUGUAGUCUCCAUUGUCAGCGUGAUGGCUGGCACCGGCGUGCGGACU